CUCGUUUGCCGAUCCCUUGUUCCAUUAUUCUUCUUCCUCUUCGAUUCACUUCCUCGCCGGCGCAAAUCUCCCCCUCUUCCUCCCCGCCUCUCCCUCAAUUGCUCUGCAUCCCUAAUUAUUCAUUAAUCCCUUCCGCUGAAUCCCUAAUCCCUCAAAGGGCUACAAGGAGGAAUUCCGCCAUCAUCUCCUCCAUCCAAUCCUCGUUGGAAGCUUCAUCAAGUUUUUUUUUUUGGUCAUUGGUUGAUUGAUUUCAAGUUGUGGCAACUGGUAGAGCAACUCAGUAGAUUGUUCGCAUUACCGCCUAAUCGCCGCCUUCAGCAGGCGAGUUCGAAAAAGCUUGCUGCGGUGGAAUCGAGACUUCCCCUGGAGUCUCUUUACUUUAAGCAAAACAGGAAAGGCAGGGUGUUCAAGGUUGUAACUUGCCUCGAACUUCCUUUUCUCCUUCUUAUCUAAGCAGGUGCAUUGACUUUUGAAACCUAGACUGGUCUUUAUGUGCCGCAUUGGUACAGUUUGUCAUGCAUUGUCGUAUGUGUUGGGCUUAUAACACAGAGGAUGUGAGACAACCUAUACAAUGGCUACAUCUAGUAAGUUCGAUACAUCUUCUGGUAGCCCAGAUAGGCCAGUGUACAACAGUGUCCAGCGUGGAUCCCAUACCGUCACUCAAUUGGAUAGAUCAAGUAGUUUCCGUGAGACCAUGGAGGGUGGUCCAGUCCUAUCCUCUCUCCCAAACACAAUGAGAAGUGCUUCUGUGCUAUCACAGGGAGAUGUGACAAAUUUCCUCCAAUGCUUGCGUUUCGAUCCAAAAAAUGUAGCAGCAGACCAUAAAGCUAGUCGUCAAGGGGAUUUUAGACGACACCUAAACGUUGCCCUUAAUGUCUCUGUGGACGAUUCCCAAUCUGUUUCAUCGAAAGGAAAGGUUACACAGGCUCCCACACCUGAGGAAAUAAAGAGAGUCAGGGUUAGUCUUCGUGAAUGCUCUGUGAAAGCAAGGGAGCGUAUGAAGAUCUUCAGUGAAGCGUUAUCUGUAUUUAACAAGUUCUUCCCAGCAGUACCCUCAAAGAAGAGAUCUAGAUCAGAAAGUUUGUCGAAUGACCGCUCCGGUCCCUUAUUAUCUAGUGAACGUUCAGUUUUGGGCCAAAGCCUUAGUAAGAUGGCAAUUCAGAAUCAUGGUGUUACCAGCAACUUUGAUCUGGAACAGCAGAAGCUAGAAGAACGAACCAAAAGUGUUGUUCCAAACAAACGCACUCGCACUUCUUUGGUGGAUGUGAGGAGCAAUGCCCUUGCCAGAGCACCUGGUACUGCAGAUCGAGAUAGGGAAGUACUGAGGCUCGCAAGUAAUGGCACUGUUCAGACUGACGAACGGACAUUAUCAAUUGGUGUUGAUGGUUGGGAAAAGACAAAAAUGAAGAAGAAGCGCUCUGGGAUUAAACCUGAUGCUUCUGCAAGUUCAGUCUCCACAAAGCCCACUGACUUAUACCGUGAUCCUAAACAGGGACUGCAACAAAGAGCUGCUACUGACGCCCGUUCAAGGUUGAACAGUGACUCUCAUGGUUUCAGGCCAGGGGUUGCAAGUGCUGGUGGUGUUGGAAAACCCGACAGUGUCUCUCAGUCACCAGGCUUGGGCAUGCGCUCAUCCGUCCCUGAAAAUGGUUCUGUUCUAAAUGAUAGGAGAGAGCGCCCAGUCAGUUCAGAUAAAGAAAGGGCAAAUAUUAAAAGUGUUAACAAGUCAAAUGUUCGUGAUGAUUUAAACUCAGCUAGUCCUACAUCAAGCACAAAAGUAAAUCCAUCUGUUCGAGCUCCCCGAUCAGGCUCUGUUGGUGCACCCAAGUUGUCCCCGGUUGUGAACCGUGCAACUACUGCCAGUGACUGGGAGCUCUCCCAUUGUACAAACAAGCCACCUGCUAUUGGAGCUAAUAACCGUAAACGCACUGCAUCUAAUCGUUCUUCGUCUCCACCUGUGGCCCAGUGGGCUGGCCAGAGGCCCCAGAAGAUCUCUCGCACAGCAAGACGAACAAAUUUGAUGCCUAUAGUUUCUAGUAAUGACGAGGUUUCAGCUGUAGAUACUGUAUCAGAUAUAUCCGGUAAUGAAACUGGGAUGGGACUUUCUACUCCCAGGCGUUUGUCAGCUGGCUCUCCUCAACAGAUAAAACUAAAAAGUGAGCCGUUAUCAUCUGCUGCACUAUCUGAAAGUGAAGAAUCAGGGGCUCCUGAAAUCAAAUCUCGAGACAAACCCAAAAAGUCUGAUGAAAUAGAUGAAAAGGUUGGGCUAAAUGUUCAGAAAGUAUCAAGUCUUGGUACACCAUCAAGGAAGAAUAAGCUGAUGCAAGGAGAAGAGCUAGGAGAUGGUGUGCGAAGGCAAGGAAGGACUGGGCGUACUUUCUCCACACCAAGGUCUCUCGUGCCCAUGGGCGUGGAGAAGCUUGGACCAGCAAAACAGAUUCGAAGCGCGAGGGCUAGUUCUGACAAAAAUGAAAGCAAACCUGGUCGUCCACCAACCAGAAAACUAUCUGACCGCAAAGCAUAUACCCGUCAGAAGCAUACUGCUGUCCAUGCAACAUCAGAUUUUCUCGUUGCUUCUGAUGACGGGCAGGAAGAAUUACUGGCUGCUGCGAAUGCUGCCAUUAGUCAUGCAUCCCAAGUGCUGUCUUGUCCAUUCUGGAGGCAAAUGGAACAAUUCUUUGGCUGCAUAGCGGAUGUCGACCUUGAAUAUUUGAAACAGCAGGCAAAUUUGGAUCCUAUUGUGUCGCCAGUGCCUUUUUCCUCUGAUGCCCACAUCUGCAGUAACAUCUCUAAUGGAUAUAGAUUAAUUGACCAAGGGAGAGAAGUCAGGUGUGCCACCGAAACAACUGGCGUUGAACUUCAUCCGGGAGAGUCUGUGGUUGGUACAGGGGAUAGUUCUCUCUGCCAGAUGCUUUUAGCAGCUAUAAUCUCAGAGGAUGACUGUGGCCUUGAAGAUGAGGACAAUGAAUUCGGUGCAUAUGAAACUGGAUUUGAACCGGAUCGGGUACUGGGUUUAAGUGGAUUGGAUCACCUGGAUAGUUUCCGGGCAUCUACGCAAGCUGUAUUUAAUGAUUACAAAGUGACAGUAAAGCCAGGACAUGAUUCUUCAGAAAUUAAUGUAUUAGGUACCACAAAGGCAGGUACUUAUUCAAGCUCCAUCCAUGCUACAAAUGGUGUAUUUUCAGAUCAGAUACCAAUACCUAUAGCAGGUUCAGAACUCCAGUAUGAUAACAUGCGUUUAAAUGAAAAGCUGCUUCUGGAGGUUCAAAGCAUUGGAAUAUUUCCAGAAUCAGUGCCCGCUGUGCAUACUGAGGACGAAGGAAUCGCUGUGGACAUCUGUAAGUUGGAGGAGAAGCAUGCUGAACAGGUCUUGAAGAAGAGAGGUUUAGUUGAUCAACUGUUGAAAGCUGCCACGGAAACAAAAGAAAUCCAGGAAAGGGAACUUGAGCAACGUGCUUAUGAAAAGCUCACUACAAUGGCUUACCACAAAUACAUGGCUUGUUGGGGAUCCACUGGCGGGAAGACUUCCAACAACAAAAUGGCCAAGCAAUCUGCCUUAGCAUUUGUCAAGCGCACGCUGGAGAGGUGCUAUAAUUUUGAAGAUACGGGUAACGGCUGCUUUAGUGAACCCAUGUUUAAAGAAAUGUUCCUCUCUGCACCUUCACAAGUCAAUGGUUCACAAAUGGUGGACUACACUGUGGAUGCCGAACCUGCUAAACCAUUUGUUGCUGCCUCAAGCCGAUUAUUAGAUCCCAGAGUUUCAGCUUCCACUGGGUCACAGCUAAGUCCUCAAACUUCACGACUUAGUCAGAAUGGGGAUGGCCAUGUUGCUAAUCCCUGUGACAUGCUUCCACCUGUACAUCGUGGAUCUGGUAAAGAAGAUACAUGGUCAAAUAGGGUGAAGAAGAGGGAAUUGUUGCUUGAAGAUGUUGGUGGUGGUACUACUGCUACCUCGUCAGGGAUUGGAGGUUCUCUAUUAAGCAGUACUAAAGGAAAGAGGAGUGAGAGAGACAGGGAGGGAAAGGGACACAACAGAGAGAUAUUAUCUAGGAACGGAACAAGUAGAAGUGGACGGCCGGCUCUGUCAAACUCUAGAGGAGAAAGGAAAUCUAAAGCGAAACCGAAACAGAAAACAACCCAGUUAUCUGUUUCUGUGAACGGCCUUCUGGGCAAGACUGAACAUCCCAAACCAACAUUGCCCUCUGAGUCUAAGCGGACUCAUCAGACUUCUGGCAGCAAUGCCAAAGAAAAAGAUGGGUUUGGUUUGGAUGUACUUGAAGACCCUGAUUCUCUUGAUUUGUCCAAUAUUAUACCAGGAAUAGAUGAUGAUGGCCAAGGACAGGAUCUAGGUUCAUGGUUGAAUAUUGACGAUGAUGGGUUACAAGACCUUGAUUUCAUGGGUCUUGAGAUCCCAAUGGAUGACCUUUCGGACUUGAAUAUGAUGGUUUGAAGUCUUUCUCCUGUAUAGUCUUGUUCAUUAUAUUAUUGACAAACAAACAUAAGCAAUGUUAUAAAGGAAAGGUGACCACUUACUUGUAAGGUCAUUUUGCUGCCGGUCCACAGUUAGGUUAUAUAGAUUCUUUUGUAGGGUUCACAAGAUUUUCAAAUGAAUUUCAGAUCCUUUUUUAUGCUCCUGUAUCAAGUUAGUGACUCCGAAUGUAAAGAUCUCUGUUUAAUGUUCAAGGUAGUACGUUUCAGUGUUUACGUCUAAGCAACAGCACUGUGUCGUGGCUGUAGCUUCUGCAAAUCAGAGAACAGUGUCAUUGUACAUACAUUUUAUAUUUCUAAUAAGAUGAGCUUCCAUUCAGUGUUACUUUUUUCUUUUUCUUUUCCUUUCUGGGAGACUAACUCAUUUUGGAAAUGUCCUUAUCAUUUUUCAGACGAUCUUGUUGUCCUUUAAGAUUUACUUCAUUAACCUCUUGUAACAGCGUGGAUUGCUG